AUGUCCCUCCAACACCGGAACCUUGCGCAAGUCUGGGAGCACCUUCAGGGCAGGCACGACAUAGCUAACCUCCUACGCGAAAUCGUCGGCCAACACUCCAUCGCCAGUCACGACACGGAAUCAAGAAGCAUUGAGGAGUCGAUCCGCACCAUCGGCUGGAUCAAGAUCGUUUUCGAUGCCCAACGAUGCUACUUGAGCGGCAUCGCGACGGGUGUUGCGGAAUGCCCACCCUACGUUCUUUCGUGCUUGUUACCGCCUGACCUUCUAUUCUCGACUAUUCUCUACCUUAUCAAUGUCAAAACCAGUCUUUUUUCCUCACAAACAACGCUCAUGACCCGGGAGUUCACGCGUCCAAGGCAUAUUCUGGCGCAAACCAUUCUUUCGGGGCUUCGUCUCCUCCUUUUGCGGAAGGAAGGCAUUAAUGCGAACGACAAGCGACGGCUCCAGAAUGCUAUUAACCAAGCUUGGAGAGAAGAUCGACUACACGGGGUGGAGCGUUUCAUCGUGGCUGAGUUGUUCGCAGAGAUACUCAACGCGCUUAAUGAACCAUCGCGCGAAAAUCCAUACGCGCGGGAAUGGGCAAAUGCGAAGUUACCAACAUAUGCCGCGGGUCUUUAUCCGUUGGACAUCAGGGUCGAGACUUUCGUCACACCAUUGAUACAUGGCACAAUGGAAGAGGAUUGGAUGGAUGCGUACUGGGUGCUGCACGACUGUCUUUGGGCGGUUGAGUGUGCGGUUACCCAGCGGUUUGUUGACCUUCGCCGACAGACUGGAGUGCUCGGCUCGAACCAAAUCUCAGUCGACACAGACGAAAUACUGGAGCAGCUUUGGCACACACGAACCAGUCUCAUCAUCUCAAUAUUCCACGUUACGGGUCCGAUGCAGCCAACACCAGCGCUUCUAGAGUCUCUAGCAGUCACUCUGCUUGACUGGGAUGAGGAUUUGGAAAACUUCCUAUCGCGGCAGGACUCACUCCUCCAACAGCAGCGAGCACCGACGCGAUCUGGCCCAAACCGUGCUUAUGGCAGACACAUAGCCGAAUUGAAUCCGUAUUUUGAAGCGGCUAUGACGAGUUUCGCGGAUUGGUUACCAAAUCGACAGUCAGGUUACGAACAGUUCAGCGUGAGGAGGCCAGGGGUGACUCGACACAACAUGCAAGAGAUGGUUAGAGACUGGGUUACGAAAAUGGCUGCGCCGAAUACGGAGACAAUAUCGAAGGAACAAGAGUCAGCGAGACUGCCCGUUUACGUUGUGGAUUGUCCCAAGCUGCAUGUCAUAUCUAAGAGACUGUUGGAACAUAAACUUCGGUGGACUGAUAAGUGGGCAUUUGAAGCCAUCCAAGGAAAUAGUCCAAUAGUGAACUGGAAAGAAGGCGUUGCGUGCCCCAGCUGCACUGGAAGCGAGAAGAUCAAGCUUGCUCGUCUCAUCGAGCCCUUCCAGCUUCUCACUACUGCGCUCGACACUUCUACCUGGCGGGACGACUUCAGUCUCAGCCAGUACAGUGUAGGCGAGUCCGGAUCGUAUGACGCCGCCUCAGGGUCUCGAUCUACUACCUCAGACGCAGGCAGCAUAGUGCCUAGCUUAACAUCAAACUCGGGGGUGAGCAAUAGCCAACCAUCCCACGCCUCGCGACCGAGCGACCCAGACAUCCAAAUAGUACCACCCCUGCAGCCUCCACGUUAUACCGAAUCGCCCGUAAGCCCAACGACUUAUAACCCACUUUCGCCUCGUUCACACUCUCUCGAAUCUGCGCUCGAAUACCCGAUCAGUCCGCUUAAUGAGUCCUUGAACAUUCCCAUUGCUCUCCCUAUUGCUUCGAGAUUGUCUAUCGAUCUACCCAUCCCCGUUCGUACGCCAAGCAUUGAUGAAAACAUAGCAGAGGCAGAGUCUGCUUCUAUGCCUUCGGAGAUGUCAAGUGGAAUGAAUGUGUUUACUCCAACAAGCUCCGUCAGAAGCACUCCCAGCUUCAGUAAGAUGAAAUCUUCGAGUCGAACGAUCCGAAUAGGGAGUUCGUUCCGUCGAAAAUACAGCACGAAAGAAAAAGAGUCAACCCCACUGCCAAAGGAACCUUGCUUCGCUUUCUCCGCUGCCGGCCACUCACUACUAUUGUGGGAGGUGGGUGCCGAUCAUCUAGUUCGUUUCGACGUGCCUAGCAACGAUGCGUCGGCCAUCCAAGGUUGCAGAUAUGAGGUUGCUGGAAUAGAAGCAGCGGCAGCUGGAAACCACAAAUGCGCCAUUGUUGCGUCUACUGGCUUAUCUCCGAGGAGGCUCGUUAUAUUUAACAGCAUCAAUAUCAAGUCUGAAGCAGAGAUAGAUCUUGAUCUACCCGGAAGAGCGGGCGAAUUAUGUCUGGCUGUCUCUCGAAAUGAUAAGUUCGCCGCAGUAUCAUUAAAUGACCAGAUAUUGAUUUUUGGUCUGGAGAAUGGCGGUAUCAAGAAGCUUUCUUUUCAUCACCAAAUCAACGUCUACGAGAUGAGAAGUGGCGCCAUCAAGAAACGAACGAUCCCCGUUGGACGAACUACGAGCGAUGAUACGGUCUCGACCUUGCACGAUUUUGAAAAGGAACCAGGGUGGUUUGGGGGACAAGGCAGAGGACUGAGCACUAGGGAAAAGGCCGAGGAACAGCAACGCCAGUCGGUCAUCAUUUCAAGGAAGAUCUACUUUUCCACCGACAGCAGGUGUCUUGUAGUCGCAACCCAGCUGGGUGAUCACUGUAUCUAUGCCGAUGUUUGGGACUGCACAACAGAGCCAGUUACAACGGUAGCUGAGCAUUCGCGGUCAUUCAAGAUGCCUCCUUGGACGUUGAAUGACGGCGACCUGACCAGCGUUUUCUACGAUUCCGCACGCCGCUCCGCCCUUGUGACGGCUUUCCUAGGGAAAGAGUAUCCCCUUCUUAUUCCGUUCCCCGGUCACGACAACCUCCAAAACGAAACAUACAGUACGAAGGUCGUCCAGGCCGCUCAAUCGCCCACCGGAGAGACUUUUACCGUCGUCAACGCAAUGACCGAGAUCAUCCAAUUCGAGUACACCACGAAAGGCACGUUGUCACCGCGCAAGCUCAAAAAGGCUUCUUCCAAGAUCAGCCAGGGUGUGUUCAAGCCUGGUGCGAUCGCGCUCGCCAUGCCGCUUGAAAACGUGCUACAAAUCUUCUGGGUCAAGGACGGCAAGUGCAUGCUCAGGAGCGUCAAGAUCGGCGCAUCGGAACAGUUCAAAGACUACGAUCUCCGUCCACAUUACGAUCGCUUGAUGAGCUUGAAGACGAAACCUGUCAUUGCGAGAGCUCCCAGCCUGAUGAUUCCCGAGCUCGACGCAACUUGA